AUGCUAUGGGUGGACAAGCACCGACCAGCCACGCUGGACAAAAUCACCGUUCACCGCGACACGGCUUUACAGUUGAAGCAGCUGGUGGGUAGCGCACAGCAGCGCCUAUUGCCCGCGUCUCUGCAGCACCCCUCCCCGCAUAGAGGAGAUGUUUCUCCCGCGCAUUCUCACGUGCAAGCACCGAUUCGGACUCCUUGUCCCACCUGCUUUCCCCUUUCGCCUCCUUCCACCCUCCUUCCGCUCCCAAGGCACACACCAAGUCGCAUGCUCCCAUCUGCUGCUGUUCGAACAGCAGGCCCUGCAUGCCUCUCCCUUCCAGGAUCAUCGGUCCACAAUACAUGUUCGUAUCCCCCCCGCUCCCCUCCCCUUUCCUCCUUCCCCCUCUCCCCCCUUUCAACCCCCUCUCCCCUCCUCAAUCCCCCUUUCCUGCAGGGUCGUACGGGCGAUUGCCCUCCCUCAUCCGCUGCUGUUCGGCCCGGGCCAAGGCAUGAGGGUGCAGCUUCCUACUCCCCUCCCCUCCCCUCCCCUCCCCUCCCCUCCCCUCCCCUCCCCUCCCCUCCCCUCCCCUCCCCUCCCCUCCCCUCCCCUCCCCUCCUCUCCCCUCCCCUCCCCUCCCUUCCGCUCUCCUCCGCUCCCCUCCCCUCCCCUCCCCUUCCCUCCCCUCCGCUCCCCUCCCCUCCCCUCCCCUCCCCUCCCCCCUUCUCCUCCCCUUCCCAGGCUCAUCGAGCAACAGUAAUACAUAUCUCGUCUCAGCAUCUUCCCGCCUUCCCUUCCCCCGUCUUCCCCCCCGUUGCAGGUGGAAACAGGCGACUGCCCGCAUCUGCUGCUGUUCGGCCCGUGCAAGCGGGUGACUGCCCACAUCUGCUGUUCUUCGGCCCGUCAGGCGCCGGCAAGAAGACGCUCGUGCUCGCACUGCUGCGCGAGAUGUUCGGCCCGGGGGCUGAUAAGGUGAAAGUGGAGAACAAGCCGUGGAAGAUUGAGGCAGGCACGCGCAAGCUAGAGGUGGAGCUGACGACGGUGGCGAGCAACCACCACGUGGAGCUGAGUCCCAGCGAUGCGGGCUUCCAGGACCGCUACGUGGUGCAGGAGAUAAUCAAGGACAUGGCGAGGAACAGACCCAUCGACAGCAAGGGCAACAGAAGCUUCAAAGUGCUGGUGCUGAACGAGGUGGACCAUCUGAGCAGGGAGGCGCAGCACGCAUUGCGGCGCACCAUGGAGCGCUACACUGCCGCCUGCCGCAUCGUCAUGUGCUGCUCCUCCGCCUCUCAGGUCACAGAGGCUCUUCGCUCGCGAUGCCUCAACCUCCGCAUCGCUGCUCCUUCCCACGAUCAGAUAGUGGAUGUGCUACAGGAGGUGGCAGGCAAGGAGGGAGUGACCUUACCGCCGGUGCUGGCGGGGCGCAUGGCGGUGAGCAGCAACCGCAACCUGCGCAAGGCACUGCUCUCCCUCGAGGCUGCUAAGGCUGCCCACUAUCCCUUCAGUGACAGCCAGCCGGUGCAGCAGAACGACUGGGAGCUCUGUGUGGGUGAGAUCGCUGCUGACAUCAUCAGCGAACAGAGCCCCCGCCGGCUGUUUCAGAUUCGAGCCAAGUUCUACGACUUGCUCAUCAACUGCAUCCCGCCGCACCUCAUCCUCAAGCGCCUGACAGUGGAGCUGAUGCGCAAGAUGGAUGCGGAGCUCAAGCACGAUGUGUGCCACUGGGCCGCCUUCUAUGAGCACCGGUUGCAUCUGGGGCAGAAGUCGAUAUUCCACCUUGAAGGCCCCACCUCAACCCCCCCCUCCCCUCUUCCCAACCUUCCCCCCUUUCCUCCCUCCCUCCCGCUGCUGUGGUUUGCCCAUGCAGCCUUCGCUGCCAAGGCCAUGUCGAUCUACAAGGAGUUCCUCAUUAACGCGUUUGGUUGA